AUGAGCCUUUCAAAGAAUGAUAUGUUGGAGACGACAACAAAACUGAUGAUCAAGGAGAAAUCUAAGAGUAUAGCUGAAGGUUCAGGAGAAUAUGUUCCUGCAGCACCAGAGGCCGUAUUCUCAAUGGGACAUGACAAUCAAGCAUCGUCUGGCAUGAGCGGCAAAAGCAAAUCUUCUAAACGCAAGGGAGCUUCAUGGAAGCGUUUUAAACAGAACACGGGAGCUGGUACUGCGACAAACAUAGAGAAUGGUAAGAACAGACAAGAGAAUGAGGAUAACAAGAUAAAGAGGAAGUCUUCGGAGGAGGCAGAGAAUAUUGUUGCUGCUCUUUGUAUUUUUUCUUUUCACUUCCUUGUAUCGCAAGGGUGA